CUCUUCCCUGGAGAAUCCAGAUCACAUUGUGCUCUAUUGUAGCCAGCACUAAGCUGUGAGGAGGAAUUGCAAUACUUGCCAUAAGUGUUAACUCAUUGUCACAGGCGCAGGAGAAGCAGCUUUGAGUUGUUAAACAGACACUACCAGAGAUGAAGAGAGAAAGUGGUGAAAGGGGUCCAAGUGAGGAAGCUGAACAGAAGACAUACUCAAGAAGAAUGGUGGACUAAAAAUAAUACAUUUCAUCAUUUACUCAAGAGGCACCUUCAUCUCUUAGAGCUGUCAGAGCACUUAAUCACAUGCCACGUGGCUGAAAACUAAUGGAAUGCUAAUCAUUAUGUUACAAAAUAUGAUGAUUUAGCAAGUGAAACCCUCAUCACCAUUGUUUAAGGGAAAACCUUUUAAAGGCACUGUUAUUAAAUUAAAUCAGUAUUUGUCUGAGCCUGACAUAUUGAGUUACAUAUUUAUAUCUCCUUUUGUUACUGUACAUGUAUUACUAUGACUAAGGUUCACAAGGUUUGUGUAGGUGGGAAUACAGACAGGUUAUUGCCUUAUUGAACACAAAAACAUAGCAAUCACUUGACUUUGAAGGACAUGGUUUGUUUUUAUUUAUUUAUUUAUUUUGCCUUUUUUGUUUUUACUGUCUCCCUUCUUUUUUCUUUGCUUUCCCCCAUUUCUCCCGCGUCUUCUCUCUUUCCCACACACCCUUCCCCCAUAUCUAAUCCACUCCCCAAAUCCACAGAUUUCUCAGCAAAUGCAUUCACAUGCUUGGGACGCAUGACUUGUCAAGAUAUUCUUUCAUUUCCUCGUCUCACAAACAAAGGAUAUUACUUAUAUAUUGCAAAUAACUCAAAUGUACUUACAAGAUAAAUUGUAAUCGAUGAUUAUUGCAUAUAAACUAUGAAUAAAAAUAAGCAGUACUAUGCUCUUGCCUUGUUUAUCCUCUAUCUUGUGUUACUGCAGCAGCGUUUAUGCACAUCAAUAUGCAGUCACUCUGUAGAGAAAAGCACUGACGAAGAAACCAUCAUAAACUACCAAGCAAGAUUUAGCAUCAGUAGCAAGCACAAACCUAGCUGUUUUGAAUGUUUCUUUUCCGUGUGAAUUAUGGAUCAUGUCUGACAACGUUUCACCUUGCGCUUUUUAAAAAAAAUACAGUACAAUUGUGGUGACUCCUGCUUCACAUUGAAGUGCUUUAUUAUGCUUCUUUAAAUUUUGCACAUGGUAUACAAUACCUUUCUUUAUAAACCUCAUUCAUUUUGAAAAUCCUUUAAAGUGUUUCUCACCCAUGCCUUUUAAAAUCUCACCACAGGUCUUUGGUAUUUUAGAUUAGGUAUGUGAAUAUUAUUUACUGACCGGAAAUGAUCAGUCCUUUCUCUUUGUGCUUUAAGACUGUUUUCAGCACCAAAUGACUGCUAAGCUGCAGCACUACCACUCCCCAUGUCUAUAAAGAAUUUAUUAUUUUUAUGCUUUUGAAGUUCUGCUGUUACAUGAUACCACAUAUAGGUGAGAAAUUAUCUGAGAAUAUGGAAAAACAGCUCUUGUGUUCUGCUUAAUACAUAAGCAAAAAAUGCUUACAGCAGAUGCAUGAUGAAGGGGUUGUCUUUUUUCACAGCUUGAUCGAUUUCUGGGGAUGAAGAAACUGUUCAACAGUUGAACAGCACUUACUGUUUCUUCAUAUCCAAGGUACACAAUGUCCGACCAUGAGGAUCUGAGCAAAGCCAUGGGCCACUGGAACGCCUCGGACAGCUAUCAGCUGAAUGCAGCUAGCGUGAUUGUGUCCGUUGUGUUCUCACUCAUCUUCCUGCUGGGCACAGUGGGCAACAGCCUGGUGCUCGCUGUGCUCCUGCGCAGCGGCCAGCUCAGCUACAACACCACCAACCUGUUCAUUCUCAACCUCAGCGUGGCUGACUUCUUCUUCAUCAUAUUCUGUGUGCCUUUCCAGGCCACCAUAUACUCACUGGAGGGCUGGGUAUUUGGCUCCUUCAUGUGCAAAGUGGUGCACUUCUUCAUCAACCUCACCAUGUAUGCUAGCAGCUUCACCCUUGCUGCUGUCUCUGUUGACAGAUAUUUGGCCAUUCGUUACCCACUGCGCUCCAGAGAAUUACGAACGCCCUGUAAUGCGGUUGUUGCCAUGGUGAUCAUUUGGGGUCUGUCUCUUGUCUUUGCCGGCCCUUACUUGAGCUAUUAUGACCUGAUUGAUUUCGAAAACAGCAACGUGUGUGUUCCCGGUUGGGAGGAAUACAACCGCAAAGUGCUGGAUACCUGCACCUUUGUGUUUGGCUAUGUCAUCCCUGUACUCAUUGUCAGCCUGUCUUACACACGCACCAUCAAGUAUCUCUGGACAGCCGUUGACCCACUGGACGGCAUGUCCGAGUCUAAGCGAGCCAAGCGCAAAGUCACCAAGAUGAUCAUAAUCGUCACUGUUCUGUUUUGCAUCUGCUGGCUGCCCUACCAUGUGGUCAUCCUGUGCUACUUGUACGGAGAUUUCCCCUUCAAUCAGACCACUUAUGCAUUCAGGCUGCUCUCACACUGCAUGGCUUACGCCAACUCCUGCCUUAAUCCCAUUGUCUAUGCGCUGGUGUCCAAGCACUUCCGCAAGGGCUUUAAGAAAGUGUUCAGCUGCAUUCUCAGUAAAAAAGGCCGCAAUAAGGUGCAUGUGGUGCAACUGGCUAACACUGUGCCUGGCUUUGAAGCUGCCUCCACCGAGGUAUCACACAUGAACGAAGAGAACGGCAGACAGAAUGAGCGUGAGAUGGCUGACCGCCCCCUUACAGAGUCACAGGAUGCCACCAUGAACAUAACAUUACCUUGCCAGAAGCAGCCAUGAGCAUAGUUAGUAUGGUAGCAAUGGUCAAAAGGGCAAAGAUAUAAUAUCACAAUACUUUUCAUGAUACCUUGUUUGUUUGUUGUUGUUUUUUUACCUUAAAUAAGAAUUUGUAAUAGAUGCAAUGCACCAGCUAAUACAGUACUGGGUUCACUGAUUUUUAUUCAACUCUUAAAAAAGAAGAUAUGGCAUAAUAGAAAAACAUCCAAUUAACUAUCAGUUGCUUUAUGGUUUUAACUUAACUUAUUGACAAAAGUUGUGUAAUUCAUCAAGAUCUACUUUUAAUUGCAAAAUAAAGUUUAUCAUGAAGUAAUCUAUCAUGAUAACAAUCUAACUGCACUAACUGCUGAUGCUAUACCAGCCUUACUGAAUUGUGAAACUAAUGUACCACUGCCACUGGACAUAACCCAUAUGCUUUAAGGUUGACUACUAUAGACAGUGGUUAAUUAAACUGCUUCUUUAAUGACACACAUAAAAAGACAAUAUAUUUUUCAAUAUAAUAAAUUAUUUAUUUUGCUGGGUUUAUUUCUUGUAAGUAUUAAAAUGUGCUAUAAAUUAAAUGUGUUAUUUAAAAGCUGAAAAUAUCUAUUUUUAAUGGCUUUUUGAACAUGUUGCAGUGUAUAAUGCUUCUGUGCUGAUUAAAUGAUUCCGUGAUAAAAAUUACAUCUGGUAAUUAUGUAAUGCACUCUAAUGUCCUAAGAAUUCUGUAUCCAUAUAAAAUAUAUGAUAUUGAUUUCCUUCUAGCUUAUUGUAUUUUUCUGUCUCACUUCUGACUAAUCUCUGUGUGCUUGUGAUCUUCUUACAGAGACUACAUUAAUAAUUAACAAGUGCAAUUUCCAUCCCAGAUUUCACUACUCCACUGUUUACCAACUAUACAUACCAUAUAAGCAUAAACAAAUGGGCUCAUACCAUUUUGCACUUUUAUACUGGUUGUUUACAAACUUCUGAUGUUAUGCUCAUGAUUGCCUUACCUCUAUGUCUUGCUGUUCUUUGGUAUUAAAAAGUAACUUGUACAGAGUUGACAUUUAAGAUAUUCAUGUUGGUUGAUUUCAAUAAAAGGAUGAUAUAUCUUAAGAAAUGUUUCCUUUGUGAGUUUAGUCACAUGAGAGUCACAUGAGAGUUUCUGAAUCUGUUGGUUUGUUAUAUAACAUUAUAGAUUUGAUAGGAAUA